AUGCGCCGUGCUGUCGUUCUCCCACAAGAUGUAGGCGCCGCUGUCGCGCAGGCCGCCGUUGGCCUGAACCCUCCUGUCGCUCAACCAUGCGAUGGGCGGCUCCCCGCAGCCGCGCAGGCCAGCGCUGCUUGUCGCGCCGCUGCUUCGCAUGCCAGCGCUGGUGUGCACUAUGAUGUCCCGCACCUAGCGCUGGCGUGCACUGCGAUGUCGCUCACCCAGCGCUGGCGUGCACUGCGAUGUCGCUCACCCAGCGCUGCCGUGCACUGCGAUGUCGCGCACCCAGCGCUGCCGUGCACUGAGAGUCGCGCACCCAGCGCUGCCGUGCACUGCGAUGUCGCUCACCCAGCGCAAGGCUGCCCCCCGCAGUCUCCGCGCCCAGCCUCCCCUUGUUCCGCUCACCCACCCCUUUCCGCGCACGAUUUUCCCCGCCUGCAGCGCAUUAGUGGGCGACGAUCGCAGUGCGUGCGUGGUGGAGCUGCUGCCGUUGUGAGCGCGGCGAUUUGUGAUUUUGAGCAGGGCGGCGACGUGUUCUACUUCCCCUUCUCAACCCGUCUGCCCUUUCCCCUCAUGCGGCCGCUCUUUCCCGCCUCCUCCCCUUCCCCCUCUUCUCCCCCCUUCAUCUGCGCCCACCUCAGGAAACGUUUUGCCAAGCCCCAGUUGCCGAGCUCUUGUGACAUGCCAUGA